AUGCAACGUCCUUCUAUCCUUAGAGCCGCCCUUUGGCUGGUAUGGGCCGCAGCAGCCUCUCAAGCAUCUCCAGUCACUGUCACCCAGCUCAGCGUCGAUGGGCGUCUGGACUCACCGCUGGGCCUUGAUGAUGUUCAGCCCACGCUCUCCUGGCAGAUGAUUCAGCACGAGGCAUGCGAGGAGAAGGCCUGCCCCGGCGACCGACAGACGGCCUUCGAGGUCCGGGCUGCAGCUACGAUGGCAGGUCUCCAGGCCAAUAAAUGUAUCUGGACGACUGGUCGGAUCGAAAGCAGCCAGCAGCAGGUUCGCUUUGAUGGGACCCUCGCCUCACGGGACACUAUUGCUUGGCAAGUAAGAGUCUGGAAUGCCAACAACGAUGUAUCGGAUUGGUCGGCGCCUUCGACCUGGACCAUGGGUCUGCUCGAGCAGGCUGACUGGGGGGAGUCCCGCUGGAUCUCCUACCCCGACCGCACAGAAGAUCAGCCUCUACCCAUCUUUGUUCGCCAGUUCGAGGUCGACGACUCCAAGACAGUUGCAGGCGCCAACUUAUACUUGUCGGGCAUUGGUUUGAUACAUCCCACGGUGAAUGGAGAGGACAUUACCGACGAGGUCCUGGCUCCAGGGUAUUCGAACUACCAGCUCUCGACCGAAUACCGCACGUACGACGUUUCAAAGUGUCUGCGCGCCGGUAGCAACUCCCUCGGCGUCAGCCUGGGCAACGGUGUUGCUUACAUACGACGAAGUGUCACCAAUCGUGCCGUCGGGCGGGAUGCACCUUAUGCAUGGUGGGAGAGUCAACUUCAAGGAGACGGUCUCCUUGCAGAUGCUGCAGAGGCCGGCAGCACCAGUGUGCGUCUGAACAACGUCACGUUGUAUCAUCUUGGAGGCACCAUCAACAUCGAUACUGCAAACGGCGGUCACAAGCUCGAAUCGCGUGUCAUUACCGCUAUCCACAACCGUACCAAGUCCAUCGACUUCACGCCUGCUCUCGAGCUCAGCCAUGAAGACGGUGUCAACGUUACUGGCUCCGGCAACAACAUUGCCGCUACUGACCCUUCAGCCGGCGCUGCCGUAUCUCCUCGCCUCAUUGCUCGCUUGGAGAUUACAUACGAAGACGGUGGCACCGAUGUCGUGGUCACUGAUCGGUCAUGGCGUACUGCUUUCGGUCCCUUUGUGACAGAUCAGUGGUACUCCGGUCCAGAUUACGAUGCUCGCCGUGAGCACUCCGGAUGGGACCUACCAAACCCUGAGUUGUCCGACUCAUGGGUCUCUGCUGGCAUCGUCCCUCCUCCGAAUCUGGCCACAAAGCUCGUCGCACGCGCUGCGGAACCCGUGAGGAUCCAGGAGCGCAUUACGCCUGUCUCAAUGAAGCAACCGUUCCCAGGCACAUGGGUCUUCGAUUUCGGGCAGAAUUUUGCUGGCUGGGCACUUCUCACACUGCCCGAGAUGCCGGCUGGUGUCACCGUCAAAGUGGCACCUUCCGAAUCAUUGAAUGCCAAUGGAACAAUUGAACAGUCGUCCCUUGGCCCGUCUUCUGGCCCUGGAUCUCGUGGGAGCGACCUAUUUUACACUUACACCACUGCUGGACGUGAGGGUGGCGAGUCCUGGCGCCCCAAAUUCAACUAUUUCGGCAUGCAGUGGGUGCAAGUCACUGGCCUGCCGAAUGGGUUUGAACCUUCCUUGGACUUGAUCACCGGUCUACGACUGCAAGGUGACGUCCCCACCGCCGGCACAUUUACUUCUUCCAACGCUCGUGUGAACCGCAUCCACAACAUGGUUUCAUAUUCCUUCGCAAGCAAUCUGAUGUCUACGUUCACCGACUGCCCGGGGCGUGAGAAGCUUUCUUAUCCUGCCGACUACGUGAUGCCGAUGGGGGCUAUCUAUCGCCACUUCCAUCUCUCGGCCUUCAUGCGCACCACUAUGCGCACGCUUGUGGAAGGACAGUCCAUCGCCGACACUUACAUGUUUGGAAACGUUGCUCUCAAGACACCUGUCUAUGACUGGGGCUACACUCGCCAAUUUGGCGAUGAGAUCAACUGGGGUGAUGCUAUUGUACUUGUCCCUUCCAUCUUACACGAUCUCGAUGGCGACACCACUCUCAUGGCCGAGAAUUACGACCACAUGGUGGACUUUGUUGACUACAUUCAGCGCGAGAAGGUCGAAGACAACCUUGUCCUUGGCCCUCUCGCGGACUGGGUCGAGGAUCGACCAGAAACAUCUGGUUACAUCACUGGAACAUGGGGCUAUUACAACACAAUCCAGGCUAUGGCACGCAUGGCCAACAUCACUGGACAUACGGCUGAUGCGGAGCGUUACGCAGCUCUGGCCGUUCGGAUCCGCAGCGCCUUCAACGCAGCUUUCUUCGACGACGAGUCCGGCCGCUACAGGAAUAACGGAAGCAUAGGCGUCAGCAACGCCACGCAGGCAGCGCAAGCCCUAGCCCUCGACUCUGGUCUCGUCGAAGAAGAGAAUCGAGCAAGUGUUUUGCAAGCCUUGGUCGACCUGACAUACUCCUACGGCCCCAAGAAUGAGAGCGGGCCGCACCUCAGCGGUGGCACCAUCGGCCUGAAUCCCAUCAUCCGCGCCCUCUCCGACGGCGGACGGGACGACGUGCUCUGGCAAGCACUGCAGCAAAACGAGCAGCCGAGCUACGGCUACUUCCUCAAACCCACACCGGAGAAUCCAAUGGGCCUCACCACGAUCCGCGAGAACUGGGACAUCAGCGCGAGCAAGAACCACAUGAUCCUCGCGCAGAUCGAGGAGUGGUUUCACGCGGGUCUUGCGGGUCUCAGGCCUCUGGCACUCCGUACGCUCAGCGGUGUGGAGGAGGAAGGGCUCGUGUUCCAGCCAAAAAUUGUGGGUGAUUUGACGAGCGCGGAGGCGACGUAUAUGAUGCAGGCGGGUGAGGCGAGGAGCCGGUGGUCCAAGAACGCGGAUGGGAUUUUGAGGUUGACGGUGACGAUCCCGUCAAAUACUGUUGCGGAGGUACGCGUACCGGUCAGCAAGGGCGAGGUGAAAGCGUCUGGCCGUGCGGAGCUUGUGCGCUCUGAGUAUGGGUAUGAGAUCUUCAGCGUGCCGUCUGGGACACAUGAUUUUGUAUCGAGAGUCGAGGCAUGA